AUGGGAUGCAAGUCAUCAGAGAAGCCGAAGCCAAAGCAGAAGCACAGGAAAGGCUUGUGGUCACCGGAGGAAGACCAAAGGCUCAGAAACUAUGUCCUUAAACACGGCCAUGGCUGUUGGAGCAGUGUUCCAAUUAAUGCAGGGUUGCAGAGGAAUGGAAAGAGCUGCAGAUUAAGGUGGAUUAAUUAUCUACGGCCUGGAUUAAAGCGAGGAAUGUUCAGCGCACAAGAAGAAGAGAGCAUCCUCACCCUCCAUCGCAUGUUAGGUAACAAGUGGUCACAAAUAGCGCAACAUUUACCUGGAAGAACAGACAAUGAGAUAAAGAACUACUGGCAUUCAUAUCUGAAGAAAAAAAUAGCCAAAUCAGAAGAAACCAAAUCACAUUACACAACUUCAAGCUCAGACAACAACAUGGAUUUCUCACCAGCUUCCAACAAUCAUGAAAAUUCCCAGAAUAAUAACAGUAACAAUAAUAAUAAGAUCAUUCCUAGUUCAUUCACACACCAAACCAGCACCAUUGAUGAACCCAACAAAAUCUCCUCCUCCAUGCCCAAGAUUCUCUUCACAGAAUGGCUUCACUUGGACCAUGUUAAUGGCGGCAGCCCUUCGAGUUCAGGAAAGUUGCCACUAGUUUCAAGGGAUGAUGACCCUACCCUUAUGACUCACCAUCAGCAUCAUCAAGAUUCUGCAGAUUUCCAGGAAUCUGCAGGUUACAAUAAUCUGCUAAAUGAAGGAGCGUUCAUGUUCGGUGGGGAUCACCAAUUUAAUGGCAUUAGUAACGAUGUUCUGUUCAGUAAUAUUCCACAGUUCAAGUUCGAAGAUGAUCAGAUUCUGGGAACUGCUUUUGUUCAGGAUUCUAUUAAUGGAGGAGACGAUCAUGAUAUGUGCAGUGACUUCUCGUGGACAUUGAUGUAA